CCACGAGCAUCCGACUUUCUUGUUUGGCCCAGGAACAUAACAUGGCCUCUGUUCGCACCCAAACUAUCGCUUCUAGUGAUGGAAAAUCCACUGGUCCAGCAAAACUAAAUAAAGAUCCCACUAUAGCGCAGAUCUUUGAGAGUUUAGAGUACGGCCCAGCACCUGAGGCAGCUAGUAGCGUGGACUCGUGGCUUGAAGAACAUGGAAGGGACUUCGGACAUUUCGUAAAUGGGAAAUGGGUUAAACCCGAGGGGAGGAAAGUUUACGAGACAAGAAAUCCCUCCACAGGUGAGCAAUGAAUCGUCUUGUUAAGGCCACUGUGAGCUAUCUGGAGUGAUCCUCAUGCGAUCAUAUUAUUUAUUAAUGAACUCCCCCAAGCUGCACUGUGCUGGAUCGCGGACUUGAGUUACAACUUUGAAGGAGUGCUACGUGUGCAUCAGCUGAUCUCGUUUAUGACUUAUGCAGAAUUAUAUUGUAGAUUUAUUCUAGAACCUUGCAGUGCUCUUGUUUCUUGCAUCUCUCUCAGGGUUCGGAGAUGCCCCCCCUCCUCUUCCCCGGCUUCAAGCUGUGCUGUGCGAGAUAAAGUACCAAGGAGUAUACUGUAAUCAGAUGGUUUUUUUCAGGGGAGAGGGAAUAUGUAGCAGUGCAAGAAUCUACAGUCAGGAAAACAAAUAAAUAAGAAUGCCAGAUUAAGUCGUUUGCUUCCCCUUGGUUGAUAUGAUGACUCUAUCCUUCGUCAUACUUCAACUACAAAAGACAAUAAGAUUUUAUCUGAAUAAGCACAUUUUUGAUCACACAGAAGUUCCUUUCUUCGUUGAUCAUGAAGUCAAAGAUCAGCAAGUCCUAAGACAAUGUCAACAUUCAUUGGCUUAAUUUCUCUGUUGACAUGGACAGAUUUUCUUGACUGUAGCAACAACAAUUCCACAAUCAACCUUUUUAAGAUUAUCUACCUUUUUUGAAUGUUUUGUCUUCCAUUAAAUUCACUACUUAAAACAGAAGAGCAUGUCAAUAACAAUCUAUGUAUUAGAUUGGUCACAUCCUCAAGCCUGUAUGACUUUCUUUGUUUGAUAAGAAAAAAAGUGUAAACUUUGUAGGAGAGAAACUGGCCUCCACAAUGCAAGGAGAACAAGAGGACAUAGACCAAGCAGUAGGAGCAGCAAGAGAGGCUUUUAAAUCCUGGAGUAAGCUUCCUGGUCAUGUACGAGCUCGUUAUUUGUAUAGUAUAGCACGUCAUGUUCAAAAGCAUGCUCGCUUGCUGGCUGUACUUGAAAGUAUGGACAAUGGUAAACCAAUCAGGGAGACACGAGAUGCUGAUGUACAGAUUGUUGCAAGACACCUUUAUCAUCAUGCUGGCUGGGCUCAACUGAUGGAUUCAGAAAUGAGAGGUAAACAGUUUAUGACAAGAGUAAACCUUUUGUUUUAGAAUUUGCUUAUUUCAAUUUGUAAGUGGAAAAGAAGUUCUUUUUUGGUGAGAGUCUUACGUUAGUCUUAGUCAUACAGGAAAUAGUUACAAGUAACAAGAAGUAUGUAUAACUGUCAAUAAUGAUAACUGAGUUGCUAGUCCGUCAUCAGAAUAGUUUCUCAAGAAAGAUUUGUAUCAGAUACUCUUUCUAUGGUAGUAGUCAUAUGUCUUAAGUCUGGCCUAAGUAAAGAGAGAACUAUAAAGAGACUGUAUUGAACCUCUCAGUUACCAAAAAAGAUAUGCUCUUAUCUUAGGUAUUCAGCUAUGGUUCUUAAGGUUGAUGUCAAUUUGAAAAUUCACUUAAAACCAAAUUGCACCUGUACGUCCCUUACCACUUAAGUGUUUCGCAUGCAAAUACACUAGCUGUGGUUUAGGUGUUAGAUAAUUCCCUUAUUAGAGAAUUAAAUUUAAAUCUGAGCACGUUUUCACCAGGAUAAUGGUUUAAAAUUUUUGUUCUGUCUGAUGAUGUGUUCUUAGGAUAACUUGCCUAAAACUGACCAAUCAGAUCACAGGAAAUGAGCUUUGAAUUCUGUUUAUUUAUUUAUUUUUUUUUACUUUAGCAGGCUUCUGUACUGAAUACUGAUUGGCACAAUUGGAUUUAUAUUUAGUUGGGGUCAUUUUCUCUUUGAUUUAAUUAACCUCAUUUGCAGUAGUCAGUCAUUGUGAUUUUAAAUCCUCUUUAGAUUGGAAACCUGUAGGUGUGGUUGCUGCCAUAGUACCUUGGAAUUUCCCUCUUAUGCUACUCUGUUGGAAAGUUUGCCCAGCCCUUGCCAUGGGUAACUCUGUAGUGCUCAAACCAGCAACUUACACCAGGCUAUCAGCUCUUCUGUUCGCUGAGAUUUGUGCUGAGGCAGGGCUUCCUCCUGGUGUAUUCAAUGUUGUUACUGGAAAUGGUGCAUUUGGAAGUUUACUUGCUGCACACCUGGAUGUUGACAAGGUGGCUUUUACUGGUUCUACAGAGGUAUUCUAUUGAGAUUUUCUUUUGUUGAAUGACUCUCACAGAGAUAAGUCAUGUAAUUCUAAAAAGUGUGAGUUACAUGUUUAUAUAACUUACUAGAUUGUCUGUGUGCAUGACCAUGUACUGGAGAUAAACUUUACCUUUUCUUUGGCUUAAAAAAUUAUAAUAUCAGUUAAAUUUUCAUUUUUGUUUGUAGAAGAUCAUGACUGUUACAAUGCAAUUUGAAUUAAAAACAAACUUAGAGAUGAAUUAGGAUUAAAUUAGUUUGAAAAUUUUGAGUCAUAGUCCAUUUAUUCAUAUUUGAAGGUUGGCAAAGUUCUUCGAAGACUAACAGCAGGAUCUGGUAAGAAACUGUCAUUAGAGCUUGGUGGUAAAUCCCCUGUGGUUGUGUUUGACUCAGCUGAUUUGGACAGCACAGUUGAGGGUAUUGUAGAUGCCAUUUGGUUUAACCAAGGCCAGGUUAGGAAUCUUUUUUUGUUUUAUUUUCUGUGAUUAGGCAAAGAAAAUAGCUACAGUAUUUUUUGUAAUACUUGCAAUUCAUUUUGAGUGCAAAUUCAAACAAAAAGGCCUAAAAUUCAAACACAAAUUGUAUUGUGAAUUUGAUAGUGAAAAUAGCCAUGAGAGGUACUCCUUUAUUUUGCCUAACUGGGUAUGGUCAUCAAACAGGUAUAUGGUAUUUUGGGUUGUAAGUCUCAAACAAGGUAUAAAAUUUUACUACUUUCCUUCUUGAACACAGUGUCUUGCAGGAUUUAAAGCUUUGAUUAGGGUGGAAACUUUCACAUUACUCAGUCUCCUGUAAUUCUGAACUUUCUGUCUCCAUAUGCUGAGGUUGACAUGCCACAAAUUUUACAGUUAAUAGCCUUAAAUUAAAGUGAGCAGCAAAAUGAACAGAUUUUUUUUCCUCACACAGAAAGAGGGUUUGAGGACCUUUCAAUACACUCCCACCCAAACUUUUAUCCAGCCCCUGGCUAAAACAUCAAUUUUAAAAUUAUGUACAUUUAAACUAUAAAUAACACCCAUUUUUUAAUUAUUCUUUUAUAUUUUUUUAUCUUAUGGUGGCACUAUUAUGGUGCAAUGCUUUGAUUCAGUGUUGUGAGAUUUGUUUCUGAAUUAUGGACCUCUUGUUUUAUUCUUCAUUCCUAGUUGAUGGUGUAAUGCACUCCUUGAAAGAAUUUUUUAUUUGUAUGAAUCCCAAUCAUGUGAUUUGUGGUUGUUUGUUGUGUAAAUUUUCAUCUGAGACAAUCAUAAUAAUCAAAAUGAUGUGUUGCCCUGUAGGUUUGCAGUGCUGGUUCCCGCUUGAUUGUCCAAGAGACCUGUGCCAAGCAGCUGGUAGAUAAGAUCAAAGAACGCAUGACACAUCUUCGACUUGGACACUGCCUAGAUAAAGUGAUUGAUAUGGGAGCAAUAGUUGAUCCCUCACAUAAAAAGGCCAUUGAAGCUUUUGUCGAAGAAGCAAGGAAGGAAGGGGCUGAAGUGUAUCAAAGCUGUGCAUGCAUGCCAUCAAAUGGGUCUUACUAUCCGCCAACUCUCAUAACUAAUGUACAACCAGUGUCCAAGAUUGUGAUGGAAGAGGUACAGCAAAGAGAAAAGCAGUUACUAUGUAAUUUUGAAUGAGAUACAUUUUGUACAUGUAAAAAUAAGUUUAAUUUUUCUUCUGUACUAAACAGGUAUUCGGCCCGGUGUUGACAGUCCUCACAUUCAGAACUGCCAAGGAAGGAAUAGCUUUGGCUAAUAACACCAACUAUGGGCUGGGAGGAAGUGUCUGGACGGAAAAUUUGUCACUAGCCUUGGAGGUUGCCAUGAGCAUCAAGGCUGGCUCUGUAUGGGUCAAUGGACAUAACCUUUUUGAUGCUGCGGCUGGUUUUGGUGGAUACCGUGAGAGUGGGUUUGGUCGUGAUGGUGGAAAAGAGGUUUGUUGAAUUGCAUUGAUUUAGAGCUGGCUAGAGCUGCUACACUAUUGUGUUUUGCAAUUUGGGAUUUGGCUUCUUUAAAACGAUUUAAGAUUUUGAGGGAAAGGUGGUAAAGGGGAGAUUUGAGAUUGAACAAUGUGAAUGUAAAAAUAACUCAGGAUUUGGGAAUUUUGCAGUUGAUAAUUAGCAAUUUUAUCCAUGCUCUCCACCCAAUACCAUAAAUAAUAAUGAUGGAGUGACAGCUUGAAAUCUCUUGACAAACAGUGAAAAUCCUUUGGCGCACAGAGAGCAUGAUAGUCUAUUUUAUCCAGGGGUAAAAGGAAAGUGUACCAGUUUUAAUCUACAUAUUGCAAAUGAAGAUUUUACUUUCCUUACCAUAUUGUCUGCCUAGCUAGCUGUGGCCAUCUUGCCUGUGUUCAUGAUUUAUUAAUGCACUGAGGGUGAGUUUGAAUUUGCUGACUGUUUGCAUUCUACAGGGUUUGUAUGAGUAUGUUUACCCAUCAUGGCAAGCCAGACCCAGGCCCGGUGUGGAUGAUUAUGAUGUGAAAUCCUUUGGCUCCUCAGUUCCGGCCAAAGUCUUGAAUCCAAAUUCAAAUCCUAUAAAACUCCCAGAUGCAUCAUCUGGAAAAGCAGGGAUUGCUCCACUACCAAGGUAACCAAGGUUUGCUCUCAAACUCAUCACCAUUCCCUUUUUUUCUCCUUAGUUCUGUGUGUUAAACUUGUUUACAUUGACAUGAACUGAACUAAACUUAGCAAACUGAGAUGUUGGGCUCCAAGCUGAACUAGACAAAGUCCUUGUCUCUCUGUGCUUCAGGAAUGUGGGGUAAUCAUACACAGUUACAUGUAUGACCCAUUUGGCUCUAAGAUUUAACCCUCUCUGUGUGGAUUUCAUUCUUGUGAUCUAUUGUUUCUUCUUGCCUCAUCGUGAUACCAAUUUUUCUUGUGUUCAGUAUUGAUCACACUUACAAAGUAUACAUUGGAGGAACUCAAAAAAGGCCUGACGGAAACUACUCUCGACCAGUAUUGGACCCCAAUGGACAGGUUAUAGGACAGGUUGGCGAGGGGAACAGAAAAGACAUCAGAGAUGCUGUGGAAGCUGCCCAUAAAGCAGCUCCAGGGUGUGUUUUUGUGUACUUUUCUUUUUCAGUAAUUAAGACCUUAACCAUUUCACACCAACAUCAGUAUCCACAUUCUUUACACUCUUCUCUGUACAAUUUUUUUGGUACUGACAAGGAGAAUUUGUUUAACAUCAAAGCUUCUUCAGUUGGCCAUCAUUUACUUUAUUCACAUGAUCUUAAUGAAUAAUUCAGGAGAAAUUAGAUGCUGGUCACUCUUAGGGUUUAAAGGGAAAGAGAAAUAUAGAAAUAUAAGAAAUAUAUUUCUCGUAGAGGUUGUAUGUUACAUAUUGUUAACAUAGCUACAUCUGACAAGUUGAUAAGCUGAUUGAUGUCAGGACUCUUAAGUUUUUUUUUACUGUUUCCUAAGUUAUUUUGAAUGAGAUUUGUUGCUUAUAAUCUAUUUGUCAACUUUGAGAUUCAGUAGUUCUUGAAGUGAGCAUCAUACAUGUGCAAGUAUGUUGUGGUUAAUUAGGUUAAUAUAAUCACUCCUUUUUUUGUCCUUAUAGUUGGGGGAAAAGAGCUGCCCAUAACAGAGCACAAAUCGUUUACUACAUGGCAGAGAACUUAGAGCUACGGCACAGUGAACUUAGCCAGAGACUCUGUGACAUGACUGGAUGUUCUGUGGAAGAAGCUAAGAAAGAAGUGGACAUCACAAUUCAGCGCUUGUUUUACUGGGGUGCUUAUGCUGACAAAUAUGGGGGUGCUGUGCAGGUUAGUCCAAGAAUACACCUUUUGAGGAGAUGCAUUUCACAUGGGGGGUGGGUAAGAAUGUAAUAAUAAUGAUAAUAAAUUUAAUACUUAUAUAGUGCAAAAUUCAUAACAAGUAUAUGAUCUAAUGCGCUUUACAAUAAAUUAAAAAGCGAUAAAAAUCUAUAUAGUACAUAGUCUAAAAAUGUUCACACAAUUAACAGUAUGCUUGUUGUUAUGCCUAUAGCCUUUUUUGGAGGUCUGCGUGCAUUCUCAUUGAUGAAGUUAUAGUUUAAAGCUAAUUUAAAACAAGAGGGGAAAAAGACUCACAUUUUGAUGCAUCUUUCAGUCAUUAUUAUGGAAUGCAGUGGUGUGCUACACACUACCGAACCAAAUACAUAAUAUGUAUUUGGCUCGGUAUGUUCCUAUAUGUCAGCAAAUUGCAAGAUAACGUAGAAUUUUGAAUUUUUUUUUGUUAAAAUGAGAAAUAUGGAUACUGCAAAGCAUACCGAUACUGUUUUAACUUCCGUUACCGGUGUAUGAAGGGGAGAAAAGAGAACGAAAAUAAGUUGGAGUAACGAUCACUGAUCUCUCCAUCCUUAUUAACAUCAGUCACGCAGGCUACACUGUUUUGAACUGCCUGCUUCAGUUGUGUUCUUGAAAUGUUAUCACUUUCAAUUUCUUUAAAGGAAACUCCAUUUUAUGGUGCCACAGUAAAAAUUCACGAGCCAGUAGGAGUCAUUGGUAUCACGUGUCCCGGGUCCUGUCCUUUACUGGCUUUUGUGUCGUUAUUGGCUCCCGCUGUCAUCAGAGGAAACACCGUGGUGAUUAUACCAAGUCAGAAACACCCAAUGAUAGCAGUGGACAUGUAUCAGGUUAGACAGUUUUAUGCCAUGGGCGAGUAAAGUAAACGAUGAAGGCCAUUUACAUGAUUCCACGCAACAAAUGAUAAAUAGGAAAAAUCAAACAUAAUUUAUUUGAUUUUCAGAUCUUUGAUACAUCCGAUUUACCUGGCGGCGUGAUAAAUAUAGUUACAGGUGAUGGAGAUCAUCUUACCAAAUACUUGUCUGAGCACCAAGACGUGCAAGCUAUAUGGUACUUCGGCUCGGCAGAAGGGAGCAAAUUCGUGGAGUGGUCCUCUGCAGUGAACGUAAAACGUACCUUUGUGAACUAUGGAGAGAGCCGUGACUGGUUCGAAAACGCUCAGGGGCAGGGUGAGGAGUUUUUGUUUCACUCUACAGAGUGUAAAAACGUCUGGCUACCCAUGGAAGACAUUUUUGCCAAUUAAAAUGGACUUUUGCACGAAGUAUGUCUACAGCGGUGAGGAAUUUCCUCUUGAAUGAACUGAGGGAUUGAGAAAAGCUAAAAACUAGAAUGCAGCCGAUUAUUUCCUGCCGGGGGAAAAUUUUCAUUUGUUGUGAGAUAGAAAGAUUCGCUUUUGUUCGUUACAGAAAUUUAAAGUCUCUCCGAUAUAUAUGUAGCUCUUUCAGUAUUAAUAUAUUUUUGAUCUACUGAUUAAUAAUGCAAUGAAGGUUUAAUAUGUUGGAGAAAAGAAAUAUAAAUGUGAAACACCAUUAACAUUAAUUAUAACAUACGUGUGGUUCAUUUUCGAGUUAAAAAAAAUGCUUAGGUAUGUGGAUGGCCAACAGUAAAAGAAUUCAGAUGUACUUAAAUGCUUAUAAGCAAUUUUCUUUUAUUUUACUUUGAGAUUCAUCCCAGGUACUCGAGGUUUAUUGAAUAAAGUCAGUUAUUUCUCUCUUACAUGUUCUGUAUUUGUUGAAACUUCACCUUCGUUUGUUUAGUGAGUUUGGGGCUGAAUUUAAAACAUGGAUAAUAGCCUAUGACUUUUGCAAGGUACAAACUGAAAUAUCUUGUUACUUUAUCAAACUUCUAACCUUCAUAAGAAAUAGAGGGUAGCUAAUCAGAACACAGAAUUCAUUUCAUCUGCCCAUAACCGCUGCCAGCUAUGUAAUAAAUUAAGUUAUUCCUCCACUCCUUCAUUCCUUUGAAUCCAUCUCGUAGACGUCUAUCUUAACGCUCUGGUGGAAAGUCCCAUUGAAAUAAGCCUUGGUGAUGACACCAUCUUUAAAGUUAAUAAAUCCUUGAAAGGUGAUUUACUGUGGACCCAUGGUGGACAAAUGGUGCGAGGGAUAGAACCUCGCUACAACUUUGUGAAUUCCAAUGAAACCGAUUUGGGAUGCAGGCCUGUAGCACGCGGGAAUUUACGAGGUUUUAUUUAAAGAGGGUGGAUGCGAUGCAAUUUGAUGUGCAGAUAGUACGUUUGUAUCUUUGUUUCUU